GCUCCGUGCUGGCGUCCGUGUUCCUGUUCGUGGCCGAGACGACGACGGCGCUGUACCUGAGCAGCACCUACCGCUCGGCCGGGGACGGCAUGUGGCAAGCGCUGACGCUGCUGUUCUCGCUGCUGCCCUGCGCGCUAGUGCAGCUCACGCUCCUCUUCGUGCACCGCGACUUCAGCCGCGACCGCCCGCUCGUGCUGCUGCUGCACCUGCUGCAACUCGGGCCCCUCUUCAGGUGUUUUGAAGUUUUCUGCAUCUAUUGUCAGUCAAACCACGUUGAAGAGCCUUAUGUCAGCAUCAUCAAGAAGCGACAGAUGCCAAGAAAUGGCCUCUCAGAGGAGAUUGAGAGGGAAGUGGGCCAAGCAGAGGGCAAGCUGUUCACCCACCGAUCUGCGUUCAGCCGGGCAUCGGUGAUCCAGGCUUUCCUCGGCUCAGCCCCCCAGCUGACCCUGCAGCUCUAUAUAAGCGCCUUGCAACGGAAAGUCACUAUCACAAGAUGUUUCUUUAUGGUCCUAUCUCUGUUAUCCAUUGUGUAUGGAGCCUUGCGCUGCAACAUCCUAGCCAUCAAGAUCAAGUACGAUGAAUACCUUGUAAAAGUCAAGCCUCUGGCCUAUGUUUGUAUCUUCCUCUGGAGGAGCUUUGAGAUUGCCACUCGAGUUGUGGUCCUGGUCCUCUUUACUUCCGUCCUGAAGGCCUGGGUGGUGAUGAUCAUACUCAUCAACUUCCUCAGCUUCUUCUUCUACCCCUGGAUCCUCUUCUGGUGUAGUGGCUCCCCGUUCCCUGAGAACAUCGAGAAGGCCCUCAGUCGCGUGGGCACCACCAUCGUGCUGUGCUUCCUCACCUUCCUCUAUGCUGGUAUCAACAUGUUCUGCUGGUCAGCUGUGCAGCUGAAAAUCAACAACCCUGACCUCAUCAGCAAGUCCCAGAACUGGUACCAGCUACUGGUGUACUACAUGCUGAGAUUCGUUGAGAACGCCUUCCUCCUCCUCAUGUGGUAUCUUUACAAGACCGACAUCUAUAUGUAUGUGUGUGCACCUCUGUUGAUUCUGCAGUUGCUCAUUGGGUACUGCACAGCCAUUCUGUUCAUGCUCGUGUUCUAUCAGUUCUUCCAUCCUUGCAAAAAGCUCUUUUCCACCAGUGUUUCUGAAGGCCUUCAGGAGUGGCUAAGGUGUGUUUGCUGUGACUGCAGGCGGCAGAAAUCCUGUGAGUCUGUAGGAAAGGCAGAUCUUAGGUCACCUGCGGACAUAGAUGAGACACCUUCUAGCAGUAAAAUAAGUUCUAUGCCCAGCGAGAUCUUGAAUCCCAAUGAGUUCUGCUCUAUUUAAUAGGACCUGAGUCUCUUGGGGCACAGAUAUAUGUAUUCUGGGUUGAUCCCUGUUCCUCACACAAGUGAUGAGCCCUGCGCAGUUAACAAAGCAGGAAGUUAGCUCUCAACUCUUUGUGAGUUGCUCCCCUUUAGAGAGCUUUUGGGCAUAUGGGGACUAUGGGGAGAAGCCAGGGAAACCCCUGAGUGUUGAAGGGGCAGCCUAAGGCACCACCAUGCACAGUUGACCAUGUUCUCCCGGGUGUUACUGGCCUUUUCACUGAAAAAGUAUCGAUGAUAUCUGAGUUGGGCUGGUUACAUCCAUCAGGUAAAAUGAGGACAGUGGUUUUCUUCUUUUCUAGUUUUCUGGAUUGCUGGUCUGGGUAGCCUAAUGUUUUAUUAUCCCUGAGCAUAGUUUCACCCAAGAACUGUCCUGAUCACCAAAGAAGGUUCCUGGGGUUUCACCAUCAGCAACAUCAUUCCUGUCAGAGUUUUCCGAGAGGGCUGUUCAUGUUUGGUUUUUAAAUACAGAGAUAUUCCAUUUUCAUCUCAUUAGGGCUCUUUGUACAUAACCAACUGUAGCCACCUUGGCCUGCUAUCUCUAAUUGGUUCAAAAGUCUAGAUUUGGGACUAUUCCCCAGGAUCCAUGGAUGUAAAACUGAAUUCUAAAUUUGGUUGUGGAAGCCCUAGCAUUUUAGGAAAGUUGUGUUCCUUCAAUAUGUUGAAGAAAUUCUGGAUCAAGAAGGUUGUUAAAACAUUAAAAUUAUAUAGACUUUUGUAAGCAGAAUUCUUCUCAGGAUGGUUGAAGAUCUGAAUCUGCUAGAAGGUAGGCUUAAACCUCUUCAAGGUUCAGUCCUGUCCUACAAUUCUGGGAAAUUUCUAGAAUUUGCUAGGAUUUGCCUUCCUAAGAAAGAGGAAAAUAAAACUCAUAGUAUUCACUCCCCCCCCUCCUUGCCUGUCAAGAAAGUUUUAGACAAGAGUUACCUUGGUUAACUUGUUUUUCUAGAAAACUCCACAGAAAUCUAUCACUUAGCGCAGGUUUAUAGGGCAUUUUAAUUUUCAUCACUUUCAUUUAAAGGAAAAGAGUCACCCCCCCCAGCUAGAUAUUGAUUUCAGAAACUUUCAAUUAUAGAAAAAGGUGAAAUGACCAGAUUUUUGUCUUUAACUUGAGUGCAUUUUGAUUUGAACAAGAUCCCCAAUUUUAUCCUCCUACACUCUCUGUCUUCAAUAUAAUUUCUCCUUUAACCCAGAACCCUAUUUGUUUCAUAAAAGGGUUUUGUAGCAUAUCCUCAGUUGUCUUGGGAAAGUGCCUGAUCUAUUGCCAUUAUUUCUGCCAUAAAAACCCUGUUAAUGAACUACCUGGAAACAGGUGAGCUGUCAAUGACUAGGCUGGACAUUGCAAGUCAAUCAGCAUUGACAGUCUAAGGACCUAUAAUGGCUGAAUUUUCUGACCCGUCCAGUUUCUAACAGCCAGUCUGUGAGGGGAUAGAUUAAAAAUGGUGAAUUUGAGCAGGAGUUGUAGUCAGACAGGGAUAGAGAGACCGGUAUUUACUUCCCCGCCUUGGUUUGGAAGCCUGUCUCAAGACCCAUUACAAAAUCUGAGCCUUCAAAUACAUUUUAAGUAAUUUUAAUGUAGAAGAUAGGUAAGCAGCUUGAGUGACCCAAAACCAAACUAACAGUGAUGCUCUGUCAGACUCCCAAAGCCCAAUUAUAAGCCACAUUUAUAAGGACAAAGAGGUUUGGUAACUAAAUUGGACAUUUUGUCAUCUUUAACCCUUGAUAUACAGAUGCCCCUGCUUUGGGGCCAUGUAUGUCCCUUGACUUUGUGGUAGAGAAACCACUGCUUGUUUUUUUCCACAUGGUGAACAUUGAAGUCACAGUGAACUGAGAGUUUUUGUUUUGAAGUUAUUUAUAUUAUACCUCUAAAAUGGCAAAAUUAUCAUUCAGACUGCAGACCUAGGUUGCCCUAAAGACAAACAAACCAGCAAAUUCCCUCUCGUGUUGAGAGUUAAAAUGUUUUUCAGUUAUAAUUCGAAUUUGUAAAACUUUCAGUGCUUUGUCUAAUUAAUUACAUGCCAUAACUUGUCAUGACAGCUGCUCCAACUGAAUUACUAUCAUUUGGCUGGAAGGAGGUGAAGUAUAUCCUCAAAAUAUAUUGAAAUAAGAUCAUCAAACAUGUUUUUAGACUUUCUCUCUUCAUUACUGGAGAUGGCACAGUGUAGAGAUUGGCAUCUCCCUGUCCAGCCCUGCAAGUUGUUUCAUUGUUCUAUGCCUCAGUUUACUCACCCACCACAUUUGGAUGAUAUCCUUGCCCAGCCUACCUCACGAGGUUGUCAGAAAGAUCAAAUUAAAUAAUAGAUGUGAAAAUGCUUUGAAAAUAUUUUUAAAGUGCCAUGCAUAUUUAAGGAGUUGUUAUUCUAGUUAUUCAAAUCAUAAACAGAUUAUUAUUAUUUUUUUACUGUUAGAAAAGAAACAAGUAGCAUCACCCACAUGAGUGUCUUGAGUGAAUAACGUUGGCCUUUGGCCUUAUGGAAGGGCAAGUGUAAAUGGUCUUUGCUCUUGGAGCGAACCCAGCAGUUGCCUUUUCUCUUACCAUCAGUUGCUGACAAAAAUUAGCACCCAAACACAUGGUACUUGGAGGAAAAAGACCCACUGAAAUCUGAGAAAUUGCUUUUGAUGGCAAGUGAGUUUAUCAUUUUUGUAUCUGUCAUCUUUCCUAAAGGACAUAGCAGCAUCUUUUGAUAAUUGUGCUUUACAACUUGAAUGCCUGAUCCUGCUAGACUUUAAUUGAAUGUGGGUUUAAUCUUUUCAGCCUUGUAAAUGGGAAAAUAAACAUUAAAACUGAUUGUCAAAUGCAGCAUUUCCUUGGAAACCACCUUAGAACAUUAGUGCUGUGGUUAUGAGUGUACGUGUCAGUACUCCCUAGCCAAUAAAUUGUGGAUGUGAGCUUUUGCAGGCUGCUUCUCUGCAGCCAUUGACUCAAAUAUUGUUUAUGUUUAUUCAUAUAAUAAAUUAACUUUUCAAUUUC